GGUGUCACUCAUUGUUGUACCCGUGUUUACGGCGAUCGGUUGGCGUGUGUACAUUGUUUGUGAAUAGUAUUUACAUUGCUGUUUUUUCGUAUUUAAUUAAUUUAAGUUUUAAAGUGUGAACAUGUAGUUAUUAUUAAAAAUCAAAUCAUAUCAACGGACAAAAUACAAUUCACUUAUUUUUAAUGUGUUAAAUAUGAAACGCUCCACUAUAAUAUAAACGUAAACAAGGUAACAGGAAAAAGUGGAUUUACCAAGAAACUAGUUAGUGGUAUGUGGUAAAUAACAUGUGUGUACUUUUGUAUGUGUAAUUGUCUGAUAACCGGUACACUAGUGCGUAUUCCAUGCCUUGACCGUUUGAAAUAUGGAUAAACAAUGGAACUGAUAAGGUGUCGGUGUUUGGUGUUGUUGGUGUUAUUUGCAAUUAAUGUGUUUGCAAUAUGCGUGAAGAGUACGCAGGCAGACGUGCUGCGCUGCCCGCCCGGGGUCACGGCACCUCGGUGUCAAUACCAGAGCUCGGCUGUGGAUGAAUACUUCUUUAAUGUUGAUGGAAACGAUAUUAAAAUAGAUUUCGGGGCUAGAUACUUUCGUCUGCAAUGUCCAGAGAAGGUGAGGCUGGACGGUGGCGCGCUGCCGCGGUUGGAGCGCGAGACCCGCGUGCCGCAGGUACUGCUCCGCGGCUGCGCGCCGCCCGUCUCUGGCUACGCCGCCGCGCUGCUCGCCCUCAACGUCACCGUGGGAGCUAAGCUCUAUUUGGACGGCAUGCCCGAGGAGCCGCAUCUUACGGCGCAACACUUCAUCGGUCUCAAUUUAACCACGUUGAGAAUAAGUACGGAUGGGGAGUUACGACCUGAUGCGAGUUUUCUGAAACCUUUGGAUAAAUUAAUAGACCUGAGCCUAAAAAAUGUCAAACUGACUCCUUCUUCACUGACCACCCUGUCUUCCGCCAUUCGUUCGCUGAACCUAGAUCGAUCGGGUAUAGAAGAACUGCCCGAUUCCUUUUUCGACCGGCUCCCGGCGCUCAAAAGGUUGAUCGUCAAGGAGGAUCUCCUCCUGACUGCCCUACUCGACAAAGCUAAAUCUUUGAGCGACGUGGACAUCUCGGCUCCCUUAACCGCUCUGUCUAUUGGCGGUACGGUCAAAAACGUUGUAUGCCAAGGGGCAUCGACGGGGCCAAGAGACGGGGGAUGUAAGAAUGUUAUAAAAUUGACUUUGAAAAAUGUGAGUGUGCACACUGUGAACGCGUGGCUAGAGCGAUGUGAAGCCCUGGAGACGGUGCGCGUGGAGCGCGCGCGGGGCGAGGGGGGCGCGCGGCUCACGCUGCGCGGCGCGCGCCUGCGCUCGCUCAGCGUGCUGGCGAGCGGACUCAGAGAUCUACCACCCAACUGGCUCGCCACUGUGCCAAAAUUAAAUGUUUUGAAACUCUCCAACAACAACAUUACUACAUUACCGAGGGAACUGUUCGUGCCGACUACGAAUUUAAAAGAGCUGGAUCUCAGCAACAACAAGCUGGAGUACGCAGCGCUUGAGGCGGUCGGGGAGGCGUCCUCGCUGGAGGCGCUGGCCCUGUCCAACAACCCGCUGGGCGACCUGUGCAGCGUCAGCGGCGCCUACGUGCCCAACGCGGUGUCGGCGCUGUGGCGGCUGAGGCGGCUGCGGCGCGCGGCGCUGGCGCGCACGGGCGCCGCGCUCGUGUGCGCCGACUGGCGCCGCGACCUCGCCGACCUCACGCGCCUCGACCUGCGCUACAACAAUUUCACCGUCUUGCAGUGGGACGACCUGCAGUGGGCGCGGGCGAGCGCCAGCGUGGUGGACCUGCGCGGCAACCCGCUGGCGACGCUCGCCUACUCGCAGCGCGACUACCGCGCCGCGCUCGCCGCGCCGCCGCGUGCGCCGCCGCUUACUAGGAUACUCCUGGACACGCCGCUACAAUGUGACUGCGAAGUGUACUGGUUUGCGCGCGCACUGCGCGAGGCGCCCGCGCACCUCGCCGUCGUGCUGGACACGGCCGUGUGCGGUGCCGGCGCGCAGGGUGGCGAGGGGGGCGCGCGGGGCGGCGCGGGCGAGCGGGGAGGCGCGGGCGAGCGGGGCGGCGCGGGCGAGCGGGGCGGGGCGGGCGAGCGGGGCGGCGCGGGCGAGCGGGGCGGCGCGGGCGCGCGGUACGACGCGUACGACGCGGGCGAGGCGGGCGCGCCGCUCGCUAGCGUAGCACCCGAGCGGCUGACGUGCGCGGUGCCGGCGCCGCCGUGCCCGGCCGGCUGCGCGUGCGCUGUGAGCGGCGCGGGCGCGGCGCUGCACUGCGCGCGCGCGGGGCUGGCCGCGCCGCCCGCGCUGCCGCCGCAGCUGCGACCCGUCCUCGAGCUCGACCUCUCCUUCAACAAUAUCACGCACAUCGACGUCGACGCCGUGCCCUCGACUGUCAUGCGCCUGAACCUGUCGUACAACCGCAUUGAGAGUCUGGACGCUCUGGUGCUGGGCGAGCCGCGCGAGCUGUGGCUGGCGGGCAACCCGCUGCGCUGCGGCUGCGGGCUGUGGGCGGCGCGCGCGCGCGUGCGCGACUGGCCGCGCCUGCGCUGCGCGGACGGCGCGCGCCGCUGCGCCCCCGCGCCCCCCGCGCCCCCCGCGCCGCCCGCGCUGCUGCCCGCGCUCGCCGCGCUCGCCGUGGCCGCCGCGCUCGCCGCCGCGCUGCUCCUCGUCUUCGUGACCAGCCCCAACAUUAGAGCGCGCAUCAAGCGUUUCCUGUUGGAUCGAGGGCUGUGCACGCGUUGGGCGGCGAGCGUGCUCGCGGCCGGCGCGGAGGGCUGGGCGCCGGCGGAGGGCGCGGGGGGCGCGGAGGGCGCGGAGGGCGCGGACGACGAGGCGGACGAGGGCGAGUGCGAGUACGACGCGUUCGUGUCGUUCGCGCACGCCGACGCAGCGUACGCGGACGCGCUGGCGGCGCGCCUGGAGGCGGGUCCGCGCCCGCGCCGCCUGUGCCUGCACCAGCGCGACUGGCUGCCCGGCGAGCUCAUCUCCGACCAGAUCAUCGACUCCAUCCACAAGUCGCGGCGCACCAUCGUGCUGGUGUCGGACGCGUUCGCGGCGUCGCGCUGGGCGCGCGCCGAGUGCCGCUGCGCGCUGGCGCUGGCGCUGCGCUCGCGCCGCCCGCGCCUGCUGCUCGUGCUGCUGCCCGCGCUGCGCCGCGCCGCGCUGGCGCGCCUGCACCCCGCGCUGCCGCGCUACGCCGCCGCCGCCACCUACCUCGCCUGGGACGAGCCGCACUUCUGGCGCAAGCUGGAGCGCGCCGUGCCCGCGCGCGCCGCCCCCGCGCCCGCCGCCCCCGCCGCCCCCGCCGCCCCCGUCGCCCGCUACUGAGCGAACCAUCUCAAUAUCAUUUAGUACACAUUAUUAUCGAUACGAUGUCUCGAAUUAUUCUUUUAAUUAAGAAUUGUAAAUAAAUAUGAAUUCCACGGUGCUAUAUUUAAACUUUGAUAUAACGACUUUUUUUUUAAGUGGCUAAAUCUUGCAUAGAUAUCCACGGCACUGGGCGUAAAACCGUGGGUUAUGUUGGGUCGGGUCCGCGUGGGGAUCCCCCCUCACGAACCCGGUCUGCCUCCUCUUUGAUAUAACGACCCUACUAACUCACUAGUUAAGUCAGAUUCCUAGUUAAAAUGAUAUUUUUUUGUCAAAUGUGAUUAAUAAAGUUAUUUUAUAUUGUUUUGUGAAAUGUUAACGUAUUUUAAAUGUUUACGUAUACCAAUAUUUAGUGCCAUUGAUUAAAACUGAAACAUGACAUUCUUUUGAUGAGAUUUUUGUUUAUAAUAAAAAGCUACAAUAUUAA